AUGACCGCAUUAGCAGACAGCAGCGAUGAACCUACCUUGAUUCUCAAGAAUGAUACACACGGAGCACAAGAAAUGGCAAGGGCCAUAGUGGUAAAAUUGGAAGGACCGAAUGAUCUAAGUGACUCUCGCAACUGGCCCACAUGGAAACGCGUCUUUUGUAGUGAAAAUGUUGGCAUCAUCGCACUGGUAAUCGGCGAUGCAGGAGCGAUCGAUUCAUCCGCGAUUCCGCAGGCCGCAACAGAAUUUAAAGUGAGCCACGUCGUAGAAGCACUUGCUACAGGAUUGUUCUUGUGUGGAAUUGGUGCUGGAGCAUUGAUUCCCGGGCCAUUAUCAGAAACGGUCGGGAGAAAUCCUGUCUACUUUGCAUCAUUGAUCUUGUUCAUGUUUUUUUUUAUUUUUGGAGCCGGGAUAUCACAGUCUAUUGAGGCCCAGCUAGUGUGUCGCUUCUUUGCUGGGUUUUGUGGCGAAUCGCCAUUGUCGACGAUAGGAGGUUCCGUUGGCGAUCUCUGGGGCCCAUUUGAUCGGUUGAUUGCGUUUCCCAUCUUUGCAGACAACUAUGGUCUGUCACAAGGUAUCACCGGGCUUCUGUUUCUCGGUAUUGAGAUCGGUACCCUUCUUGCAUCGGUUAUUCUCACCCCAUUUGCUUACCAAAAGGCAAAAAAAUACUUGGUCACUUUGAAAGCAGCUGGCUUAGAAACCACGGCUACAAAUCGUCUUAAACCAGAGUUCUUUCUCUGGUAUUCCAUCCUAGGAGCUCCGGCUAUCCCCAUAUCACUAUUUUGGAUGGGCUGGACGGCUACACCCAACAUCAGUAUGUGGUCGCCCAUUACUGCCUCUGUCCUAUUAGGUUGGGGAAACCCCUCUAUCUUUGUGUCGGCAUGGCUUUAUAUGAUUGAUACCUACGAGACCUAUGCAGCUAGCGCACUGACGAUAAAUCUAUUUGUGCAAUACACUACAUCUGGUGCUAUGCUCCAGGCAUCGAUCCCCAUGUAUGAAAACAUGAGAGUCGGCUAG